AAACCCUAUGUGGAUGAAAAUAAACGGGAGAGAGUGGAGAGGAGCCGAGUCUAGGCAGGUGAGCCGUGGAACCAGAGCUGCAGAAAGUUUAGAAGCAAAGGGUGGUCGGUUCUGUCUGAGGCUUGAAGCCCUGUUUUUGAUUAGGCUUUCCAUUGUGGAGAUGAUGUUGUCGCCGGAUUUGAAGUCAUUAACGGUGGUUCCUUUCAAUCCAGAGGCAGUAGAUCGUGGCUUGCCAAGCUAGGAGCUUCAGAGAGAUGGUCAAUUUCUUCCCAGAUCUAGAUAGAGAUUGCAGAGAGCUUCGCGAUUCGAUGUGGAGUAAAAUUCACCUUCCUUGCUAUUAUUUCCGAAUUACUCCACAAUUAAAGAUUAGAUGGGCUCGUGAUUGAGGCAAGAUGGAUCAGUUUGGAGUCCCCAUCCCAAAAGUCUAUACCUUGUGGGACAACGGUUAAAGAACAAAGAGCCAAGCUAAAAAUUUGUGCUUUGGGAUUCCUCCAGAAAACCAAACCACUUUAGACCAAGGUUAUUCAAAGAGGAGGAUAGGCUGAUGAUACCAAGAUGUAACGGACCAGACUGGUUCAAGAAAGUUUUUAAGCUACGACACAGAGACCAAUUAUCUGACCAGAACAAGCAGUUUUUGCCUUAAUCCACGGAACCUCCUCACCAAAAAAACCCCUUACAAGUCACUCACCGUCUUCCAUCACUCUCUCUCCUUCGGAUUUUGCUCUUGUUCUUGAGGAUUUCGCCAUUCUUCUUACGAAUCAUCCUUCGUUCUUCAUCCUUUGACGAACCAAUCUUUGGUUUCAGAUUCACUUAAGAUGUCAGGAUCCUUGAUGUAUCGUGAUGAGAUUGUCGCCAUGAAUGAGGAUGAUCUAGAGAACGAAAGGAGACACUUGAACGUUGUAUUAAUUGGGCAUUCAGAGGGUGGAAAGUCUACCAUGCUAGGACAAAUUCUCCUCCUUACUGGUCAGGUGGACGAGGAAGAAAUCCAAGAAUGUCAGAGAAAAGCAAAUGAGUAUAAUAGAGAAAGCUGGUGAAUGUAAACUGUCAUUUGGCAUAUAUAAUGGAUACAGAUGAAUAUGAAAGGCGUAAUGGCACAGUAGAACUUGGAAGGGCAAAUUUUGACACUAAGAACAGUAUAGUUACCAUGUUGGAUGCUCCAGGUCACAAGGAUUUUGUACCAAAUAUGAUCAGAGGAGUAUACGAGGCAGACAUUGGUGUCUUGGUGAUUUCAGCUAGAGAACCUGAAUUUGAAACUGGAUUUCAGGAGGGUGGGAAGGUGGAGAUGAUUGGGCAGACACGUGAACAUGUUCUAAUUGCCAAAGGUUUGGGUUUGGAGAAAGUGAUUGUUGUUGUGAACAAGAUGGAUGAUCCAACCGUCAACUGGUCGGAAGACAGGUACAAUGAAAUUCAAGAAAAAGUAGUACCGUUUCUGCAAUCCGUUGGCUAUGACACAAAUGAAGAUGUCGUCUUUUUGCCCAUCUCGGGUCUUAUUGGCAUCAACAUGGACAAGAGGAUGGAAGACGUUUGUUCUUGGUGGAGUGGCCGUACCCUUUUUGAAGUCCUUGAUUCUCUGGAAGUUGUUCCGCCAGGGGAUCCUCUUGGGCCAUUCAGGAUGUCUAUUUUUGAACACUACAAGGACCUGGAUUCUUCUGUUGUUACUGGUAGGGUGAACAGUGGCAGGAUUCAGGAGUGUGAUUUCUUGACGAUUUCGCCAAAUGGGUCAUAUGUUAAAGUUCAAGCUCUCUAUUGUGAUGAUGAGAAAGUUCGUCAAGCCAAACCAGGUGAUAAUUUGACCAUACAUCUAGCUGGUCGUACAGGUGAUGUCACAUCAGGCUCCUUAUUAUUGUGCACUAUGAGAUCCUGUCCUGCUGUAACGAGGUUCUUUGCGUCUGUAAAAUUUUUUAAGGAGCCCCAUUGCGGUAUCUUCUUUCCUGGUUACAAGGCCAGUCUUCACAUCCAUGAAGCUAUUGAAGACUGUGAAAUCAUAGAUAUUCGAGUCCUUGAAGAUGGAGUAGUCAUUGAACAGGAGAUUAUGUCUGUGAAAAAUAGGGAAGAAGCUCUGUGCUUAAUAGAGGUUUCAAAAUCCAUUUGCAUGGAAAGUUCCUCCAGAUUCCCUCGACUUGGAAAAUUUGUGCUACGCUGUGGAGGGCAUACAAUUGCUUCGGGAGAUGUCAUUGAACCAUUGUUGUCAGUGUAGUUGUCUCUACAACGAAAAGGUGAUAAUGAUCCGGUCUUAGCGCUUGAAAUUGCUCGUCGGAUUCAUACAUAUGAGAGAAGUACAGCUAGGUUAUAGCCAUUCUAAAAAAGUUAAAAAAGUGAUAUUUUGUAUUGACCGUAAAAACUUUGGUCUUUUUGUAACCCGUGAACGAGUCUUGGCUCAGGCCACAAUUUAUUGGCAAUAUGUUUAAGGACCACUUUGAUUUUGAGUAAGCAAUUUCUUGGCAAUA